AAUCAGAAGCGGAGGGGUAGGCCUUCCGGCGUGGCUGUGUUUAAUGGGCUGUGGGAUCGGCGAGCGCUGAGGAUGCGGGCGAGUCGGUGGCGUGGGGAGUUUAUCGGAAUAUAAAGGUGACUAGAAAAACUUAAGCAAGUAUACGGUUGGCUUGGUCGUGAAGUUGGUGCAAGUAAUGAACCCUUUCUGGAUCAUGUCUACAAGUUCUGCUCGUAAGAAAUCUGACAGUGAAGAAAGAAGUGUAUCUGGUGAACAGAAGACGACUAGUCCUCCACGGUCUUCAGGAGCGAAGAAACAGUUGCCCUCAAUACCAAAAAAUGCUGUUCCUGUAACUAAACCUACUUCUCCCAUCACAUCUACCCAGUCAACAAAUGGAACACAUGCUUCAUAUGGUCCGUUUUACUUAGAAUAUUCUCUCCUUGCUGAAUUUACCUUAGUUGUAAAGCAAAAGCUGCCUGGUGUCUACAUACAACCUUCAUAUGGAUCUGCAUUAAUGUGGUUUGGAGUAAUUUUCAUUAGACAUGGGUUGUACCAGGAUGGUGUGUUUAAAUUUACUAUUUACAUCCCUGACAACUAUCCAGAUGGAGAGUGUCCUCGUUUGAUGUUUGAUAUACCAGUCUUCCACCCACUAGUGGAUCCAAUGACAGGAGAAUUGGAUGUAAAAAGAGCAUUCACAAAAUGGAGGCGAAAUCAUAAUCACAUCUGGCAGGUGUUAACGUAUGCUCGUCGAGUGUUCUACAAGAUUGAUACAGUUAUGCCAUUGAAUCCUGAAGCUGCAGUACUAUAUGAAAAAGACAUUCAUUUAUUCAAAAGUAAAGUAAUUGAUAGUGUGAAACUAUGCAACAGUCAUCUCUUUGAUCAACCCAAAAUGGAUGACCCUUAUGCAAUUAGCUUUUCACCCUGGAAUCCAGCAGUACAUGAAGAAGCCAGAGAGAAGAUGUUAACUCAAAAGAGAAAGCCUGAAGAACAGACCAAAAGCAUGCAUGUGUCUGGUCUUUCCUGGGUAAAACCUGGUUCAACACAACCUUUCAGCAAGGAUGAAAAUGCUGCACAAACCUAGUACAUCCUAUCAACGGCACAACAGGCACUUUCUACCCGUGAGGCAUAAUGGACCAGGUUAAUUGAGAUUAUAAUUGUUCUUUGUUGGUGCAGAUGCUGGACUUGCUUUUAGCAGCAACAGUUUAAAAACAAACUGCAGAAGAUGGUGUUCCUUGCGCAUAAAUUAUAAAAAUUUUAAACUUUUGUUUGAAUUCAACUUUUAAAGUUUGUAAAACUUGCAUUUUCGAGACCUCUACUACCUAGGUAAUCUUGGCAAUACAACUAUCAAUUAUGUUGGGGUGGUUAACUGAAUUGCGUGGUUCUUUCAUAAAGAUGUCACCAUUUUUGUAAUACUGCCAUUACGAUGUAGAAAUGUUUUUCAUGUUUUGGGGCUGGCCACUAGAGUUUUAAGAUUUUGAGUUUGGACAUUCAGUAAUCAUUCAGAUCAACUAUAUUUUACAUAGUGUAUGACUAUUUGCAGUUUUCAUAAAAUCACAAUUGAGUUUUCUAAUGUAAAUAUUAGCAUAUAAAUUUUGUAAAUAGCAUUUUUGACCCUAUAGUUAGCACUUUGAGAUGAAAUGGUGCUGAAAGUGACAUCAGUUCAUUGGAUAUACAUUUGGGUAGGUUGGUCUGUUAAAGGAACAGGUAGUGCAUUCAGUGGGGCCCCAAGCUUUGUAAUUUUGGUGAUCUUUAUAUGCUGUGUAUGAAUAAGUAAUUCAGUUCAAAGAAGAAUAUUUCCUAGAUGUUCAUGUUCUAAUUAUCUUGUGCAAUAAAGCAGCACAUAAUGUAAUAAAAGUGCUGUUUCCUUGCAGUGGGGUCUAUUAAAAGGUGAAGUAGCUGCAGGCCAAGCAACUGAUGUCAUUAUGGCUUAAACUUUAAAAUAAAAACAAACUAAAACUGCU